AUGGACUCUCCGAAGCAGGAGCACCCGAGUGCUCGCUUCGUGGCUGAGUCGAUCGAUGGCAUCACCGUGCGCUCUGCGGUGCCCGACAGGCCCUUCUACAAGGUCGUGCAGGACAAAGAUGGGCAGACCUACGCGCAGGGUGUCCGGCUGCAGACAGACAAGGUGGAAAGGGCGAAUCGCCGGCUGCAGUCAUUGGAGGUCAAGGAGAUGGACAUUCAGACGGAGAGCCCAGGAGACGCUCAGGGCGCAGAGGUUUUAGAGCCCGACGAGCACGUGCUCGCACAGUUCCUCCGCGACGUGGCCCCGAUCAUGGAGCAGGAGUUGCUACUGGCUUGGCAGACCCUGCCCGUCUUCGAGUCCUACGUGCCCGUCUGGGAUGAUGUGGCCGAGACAUGUGAGAUGACUCACCAGGUCUGGAAGGAGGGCCUGGUUGAUCUCCAGGUUACUAGCGUUGCCUGGAACACAACGGGAGCCACUCUUGCAUGCGCAUUCGGCAAGCUCGAUACGCUGGGUUGGUGCGAGGUCACUGCGCCGGUGUGCGUGUGGAACAUCUUCCGGCCGCAGCUUGUGGCUGGAGAGCCUGACACGGUCAUCCAGGUGCAAGGCUUCGUCAUGUGUGUGGCCUUCCACCCGACGAAGCCGAGUCUGCUGGCCGGUGGGACCUACAACGGUGAGCUACAGAUCUGGAAUACCGGCGCCGGUGAGCUGGACCCGCCCCUUGGCAACACCUGA